AUGUUUAAAGGUUUGAAGGAAAAACAAGCGGCAUUGUUCGAUUCCAAGCGAUCUAACAACAAUGCCUCGGAAAGCGACCGCGGCCAAGAUCUAAGCUCCAUCUUGGAUCGGGCGCAGCGUGCUGACUUGACCAUUCUUGUUGCCGAGGUCGCCGAGUCUAUGCGAAUUGGUGUUUUGGAAAUCUUCGAGAACCAAACCCCCGAUUCAAAGUCAGACUCAAAGGACGUGCCAUCCACUCCGUCGACCCCGUCGACCCCGUCGAUUCCACGCAAGCCGCUCCCUACCGAGAAAAGCGACGAAGACACACCGCCCCUACCCCAAAGGCCAAGCAACGUGAGUGCAGGCAAAAGUGACAGCCCACAAACUGGGAAUGGCAAGCCCCUCAAACCGCAGGCAAAAGUCGCUGCACUAUCCACUUUCGAGGACUGGCGGGAUUCUGUGCUUUUACGGAUCGGCGAGGUUGUCAAUAAAGAUGACAAUGACGAACACCAAGCCUCGGAAGAACUGCAAAAGGCUGCAAAAUCCGAUGAGAUUCCCUUUGAGGGCGAUAGAGAUAGCCUGGAAAAACUACAAGAAAUCUAUCACCCCGUGGAAACACCUCUGAGCAAACUUCCAAAAGCAACAAGAUUACUCAUUCUCCAUUCGCUCCUUCUGUUAAUGCUCAGCCUGAAGCACUAUAAUGCCUACUCCCGAGUUUUGAUGCUGAACGUGGCGUCUAGUUUGAACAUAGAUAUCAACGUGUUGAAUGAAGACGAAGUCAAGGUUGCGCGUGGUCUGCUAGACACAGCUUUGGCCUUGUCAGAUCAAGAACACAAGAAGGAACCCAAGAAAGACGACAUGAGAAAAUGGAAAGUCGGCAUCGCGUCUGUAGCUGGUGCAGCUCUCAUCGGUCUCACUGGUGGACUUGCAGCUCCCUUAGUGGCCGCAGGCCUUGGAACUGUUAUGGGUGGACUGGGUCUCGGUGCUACUGCCGCUGCUGGAUACUUGGGGGUCCUCGCUGGCAGUAGUGUUGUCGUCGGCGGCCUCUUUGGUGCUUACGGAGGCCGCAUGACUGGUCGCAUGAUGGACAAGUACGCCCGUGAAGUUGACGACUUUGCAUUCCUUCCUAUUCGGGGACAACAGUCUCGAGAUGAAAAAGAUAGCGAGGCUGCCCGACAGGAACAUCGACUACGGGUCAUCAUCGGUGUCACUGGAUGGGUCAAGGAAGAAUCCAACUUUACUGUCCCAUGGAAAGUGAUUGGCUCCAAUUCAGAGGUCUUUGCUCUUCGCUGGGAAAUGGAGCCUUUGAUGAAUUUGGGUAACGCAAUCUCCGCCCUUGUAACCAGUGCCGCAUGGUCAGUAGCCGGGCGUGAAGUUCUGGCCCGAACCUUCUUCCACACACUUAUGAGUGCGGUCAUGCUUCCACUUGGUCUUUUAAAGGUUGCUGGUGUCGUGGACAAUCCGUUCAGCGUCGCCAAGUCUCGCGCCGAUAAAGCAGGCCAGGUGCUUGCCGAUGUUCUCAUCAACAAAGCCCAAGGUGAACGUCCUGUCACAUUGAUUGGGUAUUCUCUUGGGUCUCGGUUGAUCUUCUCCUGCCUCCAAACCUUGGCCAAACGGAACGCAUACGGUCUCGUCGAGUCCGUUAUUCUUAUGGGAUCACCUACCCCUUCUAAUGAGGAACACUGGCGCGUGAUGCGUAGCGUCGUGAGCGGCCGUUUCAUCAACGUGUUCUCUCAAAACGACUCUGUUCUGGCCUUCCUUUACCGAACCAGCAGUUUGCAGCUUGGUGUCGCCGGACUCCAAAAGGUCGAGGGUGUUCCAAGCGUCGAAAAUCUCGAUGUUAGCGAUAUGGUCAGCGGUCAUCUUCGUUAUCAGUACUUGCUUGGAAGAAUCCUCACCCUCACUGGGUUGCAGGACCUGGAUGCCAGCGAAAUCCAACGAGAAGAGGAUGCACUUGCCGUCGAGGAGGAACAACAAGAGAAGAAACUGCAGCAGAACCAGCGCGAGGCUGGCGUGAAGGACCCAAAGUCGUCUGCUGCUCAGGAGACCUUGAAUAGCCAGGAAGGAUUCGGAGAGGAUGCCCGGUUGCAAAAGCAGGUUGAGACGCAGACCCAGGAGAACAUGACGAACCAUCGGAUUCAAAUGCUUGAUGUGGACGAUGACGAUUACUCCCUACCUGAGAAGGAGGAUCAUUCAAAGCAUUCUGCCCUCUAG